CAGAAAAGUUUGACAGCUUCCCCGUAUCGAUACAACAAGACCACGAAGAAGACGAAUCUUUGCGACGUGUUGUUCGAUUGCAGUGCGUGAAUAAAUCGUAAAAAAUCGACUGCACAAUGCAAGGACCGGCCGUUUUUAUCGACGCUGAGAUCGACGAUCAGGCCCAGGAACUGCGACAGUUUCUGAAGCAGCUGGGUGCCGAAAUCAGCGAAGAAAAGUCGACCAAGGGCAUCGAGGAUGAUCUGCACAAGAUUAUCGGUGUGUGCGAUGUGUGCUUCAAGGAUAACACGCACUCGCCAGAAGAGAUCGAUGCCGUGCUGAACAGCAUCGUUUCCAUCAUCGUGUCCAUUCCGUUGGAGCGGGGCGAAAACCUGAUCCUGUCGUUCUGUGACAAGAUGACGAAAGCGAAGGAGCCGAAUCUUGCUCGGGUGUGCCUGCAGUCCUUGUGGCGCUUGUUCAGCAAUCUAGAGGUGACUUCGCCUCUUCGGUACCACGUCUACUACCAUCUGGUACAGGUAGCAAAGCAGGUCAACCAAGUGAAGGAAGUGUUCACGGGAGUGGAACAGCUGAAGGCUCAAUUCGCGCAGUGUCCACCUUCAAACGAGCAAAUGCAGAAGCUCUACCGUCUGCUGCAUGAGGUGCUGAAGGACACCAACAGCGAGCUGGCAUCGAAAGUUAUGAUUGAGCUGCUCGGAACGUACACUGCCGAGAAUGCAUCGUACGCACGUGAGGAUGCAAUGAAAUGCAUCGUAACGGCGUUGGCCGAUCCCAACACCUUCCUGCUUGACCCGCUGCUAUCUCUGAAGCCGGUACGGUUUCUGGAGGGUGAGCUCAUCCACGACCUUCUCUCGGUGUUUGUGUCAGAAAAGCUGCCAAGCUACUUGGAGUUCUACAAGCACCACAAGGAGUUUGUCAAUUCGCAAGGUCUAAACCACGAACAAAACAUCAAGAAAAUGCGCUUGCUGUCGUUCAUGCAACUGGCCGAGAGCAAUGCCGAGAUGUCCUUCCAGCAGCUGCAGGAUGAGCUGCAAAUUAAGGAGGAGGAAGUGGAACCGUUUAUCAUCGAAGUACUGAAAACGAAGCUCGUCCGUGCCCGGAUGGACCAGCGAGCCCGCAAGGUGCACAUUUCCAGCACAAUGCACCGAACGUUCGGUCGUCCCCAGUGGCAGCAGCUUCGCGAUCUGUUGCUUUCGUGGAAAUCUAAUCUUACUCUUGUUCAGGAAAACAUCAAUUCGGUAGCUGCCGCUCAGAUGGAGCUCUCCCAGCGCCAGUGACUUGUGUAAGCGUGUGUCCCGUGAAGAGAUUUAACGUGUUUUGUGUGUGGUGGAAUCAGCUAGACCAUAAACUCAGUAGAAGCGUAAAUUCCGAAUCGUAUUAAGAAGAAAGCGUAAGCGGUGUGGUGAAAGGUGCGUGUGAGGGUGGAGAACCAGAACUUCCGAGUUAGGAAGUGAGCGUCGCGUGUGUAACUAGCGGGGGGGAAAUCUUCCAGGAGAAAGUAAACCCUGAGGGAAGUAGUCGACGUUCGCAAUCAUUUUCGUUCAUACUAUUCUAACAUCCAUCAGAGAAAGAGUUUAUCAUUCGGCGCCGGACGACAACCGUCGAUUAAGCUAAUAAACUCUUUUACAAUAUGAACGAAUA